AUCGAGUAAUAAGUGGAGCUAGAAGACUCGUUCUUCCGUUAGUGCUGUUACUCCCGACGUUUAUCGAAAAAAAUUUUCUAGUCCGUAAAUCGGGCGAUUAAUAUAAAACCAUGUCUCUUAUGACCCUUCGUCUGGCUGCAGCUGUGGCAAAACAACUGCCAAAUGCAACUGUACAGAUCAAAUUGCCAGCCGCUGCAAUUGCCUCUCGCAAAUACCAUGUUUCGUGCAGCCGACGAUCAGCUGAAAUUUCUGCCAUCUUGGAGGAAAGAAUUAUGGGAUCAGCCCCAAAGGCCAAUCUCGAAGAAACUGGUCGUGUACUGAGUAUUGGAGAUGGUAUCGCCCGUGUAUAUGGUUUGAAGAACAUCCAGGCCGACGAGAUGGUGGAGUUCAGCUCGGGUUUGAAGGGUAUGGCCUUGAAUUUGGAACCUGACAACGUCGGUAUUGUCGUCUUCGGUAAUGACAGGAACAUCUCUGAGGGUGACAUUGUAAAACGUACCGGAGCCAUCGUAGAUGUUCCAGUAGGUGACCAACUUUUGGGGCGUGUUGUUGAUGCUUUAGGUAAUCCAAUCGAUGGCAAAGGUCCAUUGAACAACAAAUUGAGGUUCCGUAUUGGUACCAAAGCUCCUGGCAUUAUUCCGAGAGAGUCGGUCCGAGAGCCAAUGCAAACAGGAAUCAAAGCCGUGGACUCAUUGGUGCCAAUUGGUCGUGGUCAACGUGAGUUGAUCAUUGGUGACCGACAGACUGGAAAAACCGCUUUGGCAAUUGACACGAUCAUCAACCAGAAGCGUUUCAACGACGCCGGUGAAGAAAAGAAGAAGCUGUACUGUAUCUACGUAGCUAUUGGUCAGAAGAGAUCAACAGUAGCCCAGAUCGUAAAGAGAUUGACAGACAGCGGUGCCAUUGGCUACACCAUCAUCGUGUCAGCUACCGCCUCUGACGCGGCUCCUCUUCAAUACCUCGCUCCUUACUCCGGAUGCGCCAUGGGAGAGUUCUUCCGUGACAACGGCAAACACGCCCUCAUCAUCUACGACGAUUUGUCCAAGCAAGCCGUCGCUUACCGUCAAAUGUCUCUGCUGCUGAGACGACCUCCAGGUCGUGAGGCUUACCCCGGUGACGUAUUCUACCUCCACUCUCGUCUUCUCGAGAGAGCAGCCAAGAUGAACCAGACUCUUGGAGGUGGUUCUCUCACUGCCUUGCCCAUCAUUGAGACCCAGGCCGGUGAUGUGUCUGCCUACAUUCCCACCAACGUAAUCUCCAUCACUGACGGACAGAUUUUCUUGGAAACUGAGUUGUUCUACAAGGGUAUCCGACCAGCCAUCAACGUCGGUCUCUCUGUAUCCCGUGUAGGAUCUGCUGCUCAGACCAAAGCCAUGAAACAGGUCGCUGGUUCCAUGAAAUUGGAGUUGGCUCAGUACCGUGAGGUCGCUGCCUUCGCCCAGUUCGGUUCCGACUUGGAUGCUGCCACUCAGCAGCUUCUUAACCGUGGUGUCCGACUUACUGAACUCCUUAAGCAAGGACAGUACGUACCCAUGGCUAUUGAAGAACAAGUAGCUGUUAUCUACUGCGGUGUCCGUGGUUACCUUGACAAAAUGGACCCUAGCAAGAUCACCGCAUUCGAACAAGAAUUCCUUGCACACAUCAGAUCGUCCCACAAAGACCUGACUGCCACCAUUGCCAAGGAGAACAUCAUCAGUGAAGCUUCUGACGCUAAAUUGAAGAAAGUUGUCAUCGAUUUCCUUGCUUCAUUUGGCGCGUAAAACUCUGUAUAUGAUUAAAUGUGUCGUUUAAAUGUUCAUAGAUAGUUACUCAAGCAGUGUCGUUAAGCCGUGCUACAGUCAACGUGCGGAAGUAUUUUAUAUAGUUACAUUAUUGUAACUAUCGAUACUGCACGACCAUUGACAACAGCACGUUCACAUUUUUUUAAUUUCACAGAAAGGAAAAUUUUUGAUCAUCAUCGUACGCGUUGCAGUAAAAAGUAAAAUUAUAUAUAAAAUUCAUAAGUAAGUAAGUGGAUGAAUGACGCGUUCGUCUUUAAUAAAAA